CAGGCGGCCCAACAUCACAGCACAUCCCACCUCCUGCCCUACUCCCGUGACCCGUCGGGCGUCGGCUCUCCCACGCGCAGCCGCCUCACGCAGCGCAUCGUCGCAUUCUCCCGCUCGACCUGACGGCUGACGCAGCGCCUCCGCCUCUCGUCGGCCGUCGUCCGCUGGCCGCCGUCCGUGAGGCCGCCUCCUGCCAGCCGCCGUCCGCCUCCCGCGGCCACGGGCCGCGAGGCCGCCUCCCGCCGGCCGCAGGCUGCCUCCCGUCGGCCUCCGUCCGCCCGUGAUUACUCCCGUCGGCCUCCGGCGUAAGGAGCCCCAGCCCCUGUUCAGGAUUUGUCUUGUCUAAAGUUAGUGCAUUGUGCUUCGAGGAAAUGGUUAUGGGGUUGAUAAAUGCUAACCCUGUAAUUCAUGAGAAGAAAGAGAGGCGUGUACGACAAGCACCAGAGACCACAGAUGAAAAUGCAGUAGAGCCUAUAGACCAGCUGGAAAUAUUUGAUAUCCUUCUUUAUGAUUUCCCUAAUAUGAAUGUAGUGAACCUUAUUUUUCUCUUAUACCAUGUAUCUGAAGUUUUAUGUUCUAGACGUUUUGUUUUGUCCUUAACAUUCUUACAUCACAUUAGAGAUAUAAAGGAUCCAGAGCACCCAUACUCAUUGGAACAGCUUAAUGUGGUAACUGAAGACUCAAUUGAACUCAAUGAUGAAAGUAAUCAUGUCAGGGUUACUUUCACCCCAACAGUGGAGCACUGCAGCAUGGCAACUGUUAUUGGCCUUUGCAUCCGCGUAAAACUCAUACGAAGUCUCCCUCCUCGUUACAAGGUGGACAUAAGGGUAGCCCCUGGAUCACAUUCAACUGAAGCUGCUGUGAAUAAGCAACUAAACGAUAAGGAACGCGUCGCGGCUGCAUUGGAAAACCCAAACCUACUGGACAUGGUGGAGGAGUGCUUGUCGCCAACAUUUGACUGAGGCUCGGACAUAUCUGGGCGCCACGGUGUUAAUGUUCAGAACCCACACAAGCUUAUGGCCCCAUGGAGUUUAUUCCUAUCUUUUGAGAAUUGGGAUGCCCUUGGCUGUUGCAGGACGUGUGGAUGAAUUUUGUUUCGCCGCCCCUUUCAGUUAUUAUAUUGUUACCGACUGUUUUGGUGCUUGUGACCUCCCUGAGUGAAGGGGAAAUGAUGUAAUCAGGUCUUGUGCUGUAGCUUUCACAGUGUUGUCAGUGCCACGGCGUUUUGUGGCUGUAUACCCACACAAAUAGGGAAGGUAUGGGUAAAAAUAUAUACACCCAUUGGAAAUGGGAAGGGUAGAAUAUAAGUAGGAUACAAUUUAUCCAUUAUAUAUACAUAGUAUCUUCAGAAUUAAUUAUCUAUUGAAUAUGAGUUUGAAUGAGGAUUGCAUAA